UGAUUGUCAUGAUGCUGAAGAAAUGUGUAUAGUGUCGCCACUUGGAGUUUGCCGUCUAUCAAAAUGAUAACUGAGUAUAUGAAUAGAAGGCGUUAAUAUAUUAGUUUAUGGCCAAGGACAAAAUGAAACCUAAAUGUAUACGUAUGCAUGCAGGUACUAACAGUAAAGGUACCCAUGCCUGGUAUAUACACACGUACAGCAGGAACACUCUGCUGGAUCGAUAUAUCAAUAAUUUCGAUGUUGUAUCGACAAAUUGAUUUCUAUUGUACGAAUAUAUUGCAAGGAAGUCCAUUUGUCUAUCUAUCGAUUGAUGAAAGUAUUAUAGAAAGGCCCGGAAACGUAGGCGUUCAGGUUACUCGACACGGGAAUUGCAUGGUAAGCACGCAGCAGGUUAAUCAACAACGCUUUUGGUACUGGCUGUAUUAUGGCAUGUCCAAUAUUGCGCAGAUAACCUUAAAAAUGGCCAUCAAAGGAUUUUUAGAAUCAAUCUCGUAGACUCGGGUUCCGGCAUUACAUAUUCAAAUUUGUCAGUAUUUGUUAUUAGUGCUAAUGUUCAAAUAUAUAGGGGGGGGGGGAUCGGAAUUUACUAAGCGCGGUGCAUUAUGGUCACUGGUAUUUUUCCCAUCAUUACUCGGUUUCUCUCAAUCUUUCACGUAUGUUCGGUUUGCGGUCCGGUUUUUGUUGGCAUGAAAUGAUCGAUUCAUUUAAAAAUACUUAAAAUCAACACAAAGAGCCUUUCAAAUACAGUACGUAAAUAUCGGCUACCUAUCCAUGCAGGUUAUAUCCUAGAAGACGUCGGAACUUUGACAAGUUUGCGUUACAAUUUUUUGCAUUCUUAGAACUUUUUCACUUAUUUGAAACUUUAUCAUAAUUCUACUUUUUAUUCUCAUUUUUCGUUGAUUUGUACUAAACAUUUAAAUUUACGCCAAAUAAACUUCUAUAAACAUGAAUGCUGAUACAUGCCUCCCACGCAAUGAAUGAUAAAAUGGGCUUUUCUUUGUCUCUCCGAUGUCCUGUGGUGUCACUGUUUCCGCUGGAUAUAAAACGAAAGUAACUUGCAAUUUCAGGUCAACGAAUGGCCGAGUGCCCAGACAAUUCCAAAGAACAAGAAAGAUCAAAAGCAAGCGAUGACGAAGAAGAUGAUGUAGCAGCACAAUUUUCUCAGGUUGUCAAACCUGAUAACAACUGGAAUUUGCUACCGAAGACAGAUAGCCAGCCCAGAGUAGAUCAUCGAUGCUCUAAAAAAGAAGGCCGUACUAAUGAAUCUGAGAAGAGGAAUUUUAAGAGCGAAUACCGCUGUGGUAGGGAUGGACAAGAAAAUGAUAAAGAGGAGAGACAUCAUAGUGGCUCUCUUAAUGUUCAUCAUGAAGAAGGCGAUCUUGUGCACCCAGAUGAUACAAUUAGAUCCCUUGGGUCGCAUAAUUUGCGAUCAACACCACAGCAGUCAACGAAGGUUGAUUUCUAUCUCUUGAUCCCCGAGACAUACUCCGUUGCCAAUGUUUGCAUCCAUGCUGGUCGUCAUUGGGGAGAGUUAUUCGAAUGCGAGCAACCGAAUCUAUGGAAAUGUAGCUUAGACUUGCCUGGUGACCCAAUAAAGAAUCGUUUUAAAUAUAGUUACAGCCUUUAUAGAAAAAAGCAUACGUUUAAGAUACCUGGCAUUGGCAGAGUAGACCUAGGAAAUGUUUUACACUGUAAAGAGUCGGCUGAAAGGUGUGUAGGUUCACAAGUCCAGUAUGACGUCUUCCAUUUUCCCGAGGACAGAACCUACAUUAAUAAGACGAUUCCUUCAGCUGUAAUCUUCUACCUGAAGUGGUUACUGCCGCAUGUUAAUCAACUUAGUAUCUCUGGCAUCCUUGCUCAAAUUAAAACUCUGCAAUUUGGGUGGCUCAACAUGGAGCAUACAAAACAUUGUGCUACCUGGAUUGUACAAGAGACGUUGGGCAAUUCCGUAAGCGACACACAGCGGUUGUAUUUGUGUAUUGUCCUGGCUCAUCUUCAAAACAUCUCGUCUUUAUUUUCACGAAGUAAUAACCAGACGGCUGAGGUGUGCGACCGCUUUCUUCAAUGUUUGAAUGCCUGUGCUGAUUCCAACUACCUCUCAAAAACGGACUUACAACUUUUAAAAAAGGUUGCUGGUAUUUUGGUGGAGAAUAGCAGCAGUCCAGGCUGGCUUACUCUUGCAGCACAUUUUUAUCCAUAUCUUGGGAUCAAAUUUCUCCUCAGCGAAAGAUAUAACAGUGGUUUAAAUUACAUUUAUGAUGUUAUGGAAUACCAUAAAAUUGUCGACGCACUAUUUAAAUACACAAGGACACUAAACAAUAUUGAGCAGCCUGCCCACCAAAGAUUGCUACGCUGCGUGUUGAUGGACGCCCCAACUUUGAAUGAUGCCAUAACGCAAUUUGAAAGAUGCGAGCUCCGCCCAUUCUUCGCUGACGAACACGAAAAAGUUGACUUUUUCGUCAAAUUCUACGAAGAAAAUUCACGACAUCAAGGGACGCGAGAUGAAAGCAUAGGUGCAGAGCUAGUUCAUUUCUUUGAACUUCCGGACACAAUCCGUGAAAAGCUGCACACGCUUCUGUAUGACAUCCUGCUCAAAAUCUCAAUGUCAGUGGACCAGUUACAGAAGAAACACGAGAAAAUGUUUCUUGAAGCGAUGCGUACUCUUGGUAUGAAUGAAGUCCAUGUUGUACUCAAGAAGCUAUCGACGUCAAAAUCAGUUAACGGUCAAAGGCUAGUUCUUGAAAUUCUGAAUAAGAAGAAUUUUGAAGAAAAAUGGCUUCGCACACCACAAGCAAUCAAAGUUGAAAUUUGCAAAUCGUGGGUAAUUGCUCGAGUGAAAAACAAAGCAUCCGCAGAUAAUCUCAGUGGCGAAGAUAAGGUUGUUGCAGUUUACGAAGCAUUUCAUAUCAUAAUGCACUGUUCUCUUAAUAUCUCAAAUGAAUCUUUGGCGGAAGAAAUAUCUACAUCCGCUGUUGAAAUGGUACUAAAAAAUGAAGAUGCUAUUUGCGUUCUCAAAGCUUUUCCCAUCAUAGAAAAUUAUGUGGAUGUUGUUCAGAAUUGUUACAAAUCCCAUGUUGAGAUGGUACUGCAACAAGCGCCAAGUGUGAUAAGGAAAUCAACAGUGUUCCUAAAUGAAUGUUCCAGAAGCGAUAGGUACACAAUAAGAACUUUUUUCAGUUUUUCUUACUGUUUGUUAUUUCCUACGACCCAUCACGAACCAUUCGAUUCCUUAGGUUUCCUUCGAAGUGAUCUCGCGCUCAUUAGCCAAUCAGCGCUGGGCUAUCCAACUACAAAUCCAUUUCAGCAUUUAAUCGAUUAUAUCUUUUGUUAUUCUUUAUGA